GCAGGACAACAAAUUUUGCAGGCCCUUUACCUGACUACAUCGCCAACUUAAUGCGCCUCGAAUAUCUUAAUCUUGCUGACAAUAAUUUCAGUGGUUCUGUCCCGGCUACUUGGGACCGACUUUCAAGUCUAAAGCAUCUGUUGUUGAAAGGGAAUGACUUAUCUGGACAUAUUCCAGAUACAAUUGCAAACCUUACUGGAUUGGCAGAAUUGGAUCUUUCAUCUAAUGGUCUUACUGGAACUAUCCCAAUGCCACUCUUUUCAAUUCCAAUAUUUAAUUUUUCGAACACACUUCUUCAUUGCUGCUCUAGCUUGGAUCAGCCUUGUGCUUCUAAACCUUCACUUCCUGGUUCAACCAACAAACCAAAACUUGUAAAGAUUGUUGGUUUUGCAAGUUUUGGUUUAUUUGCACUGAUAAUUCUUGGGGCUAUCUUUAUAUAUAGAUACAAUCACAUGCACAGACAUAAAACUAAUGUCUUUUUUUAUGUUUCAGGUAAGGAAAAAAAAAAGCAUUCCCUUCAAUGCAAGUUUCUUUUCUCAUAGCACACAUUAAUAACAAGUAAACCACAAAUUUAUCUACUAAUAAAGUUUGAAAUGCUGAUAAUUUCGUCCUGAAAGAAUGAAACAAGCACAUGAUACUUGAAAGGCACUUCUUUGUAAAAUUUCACAUAUCCACGUUAUUAGAAAUGAAAUUUUCACAUAGUAAAAUUUUGUUAACGAAAUUGUCAGCCUAUAAUAUGUCUCUGUUAAUUAUUAAUUAAUUAAAAUGCAA